AUGCAUUUUCGCCUCAUCCUCCUUGUCGUCGUAUGCGCCCUACUCAACAUUGGCCAUGCUCACGUCGCAGGAUCGGACCUGGUCUCCAGGAAACUGGGUAUCAAUGAUAUUCCAGAAUGCGGGCUCGUUUGCAUGAUAUCGGCAAUCUCUACGAGCCAUUGUACUCUUGAAGACAUCAAUUGCAUUUGUGGCGACAAGGACCUCACGAUGCGUGUGGGGAGCUGCAUGGUUGCCAACUGCACAAUGCAAGACAGCCUGGGCAUCGCUAGGGUGCAGGCCGACGUAUGCAACCUCUCAAAUGAUUCGAAACGUCAACAACUUUUGACCCUCACCAUUACCGUCUAUGUGGUGUGUUUUAUAUGCGUGGUCGGCAGAACCGCGGGCAAGAUAAUAUCAAAACGAGUCGGAUUGGAUGACUACAUUGUCGUUGGCACAUGGCUGUUAGGCCAAGUGCCAAUAGCAUGUGCUCUCACGAUGAUUGUACGUGGGUUCGGUGACCAUCUUUGGAAUCUGGAGGAUGGUGCUUUGAUGCCCAUUCUCAGAUUGUUCUACAUCGCUGCAGCAGUUUAUGGCGUUGUCCUUGGUCUUAUCAAGGUCGCUUUACUGCUGUCCUACCUGAACAUCUUUAUAGACGCGCGGUUUCGAUUACUCGCCUACAUGACAAUGGUCUUCAUCAGCACUAGCACCAUCAUCAUAUUCUUCCUGUCGGUCUUUCUUUGCUCCCCUAUCGAAUCUUUCUGGAACAGAAAUAUCAAGGGAAAGUGCAUAAGCCCCAGGAACGUGUCUUAUGCAAACUCAGCCAGUGCCAUCGUACAGGAUCUUAUCCUUCUGGCUCUUCCUCUGAUAUAUAUCCGGAAUCUGCGCGUCAAUCGUUGGCGCAAGUACGCUGUUGGUUUCAUGUUUGCCACCGGCACCUUCGGUUGUAUCGCAACUAUGAUUCGGAUGCACACUCUGACCCGUUACAAUAUCUCUUUUGACCCUACCUGGGACUAUGCUCCGCUUGUUGCUUGGACCGAACUAGAGCUUGCAGCUGGCUGUGUUUGCGUAUCCCUUCCAGCUAUCCGACUACUGGUUACACGCCUCCUACCAAACUGCUUCAAGGGAUUCCUUUCCCGCGUAGCAAACUCCACGGACAAAUCGGGCAAGUCAACUAGCACCGAUCCACAGUUGCAAGCGCCCCCUCCUUCACAUCAAUCGCCAUCACAGCAGGAAUGGUAUAGGCCACUCGGCCGGAGCUGGAUGUCAAUUGGCGAUCACAAAGAUGAUGUCGAACUAAGUACCGUGGAUCUGCUUCCUAUACCCAAGGCCGAGAUCAAACGUGACAGCAAUUUCCCUCAGUCCGGCAAUGGCGACAGAUCAGAUUUGUCGGCAAUCGUUUCUAUUGGAUGCAUUUCCGACCGUUCAUACUCUGAAGAGUUCAUACGCACCGGAAACGGCAUGGAAGGAGUCUCGACUCGCAGCGGACCAUCCUGA